AUGUGUCAUUCGCUGCCGAAAGCAUGGCUCGCAGUCCUGUGCCAAUUGACAGUUAUUGCUUGCUUAGUGAAUGGGCACGGAAUGGUGCUGGAUCCAAUAGCACGUGGUUCGCGGUGGCGUUGCAAUUCGAAAGCACCGGCAAACUACGAUGACAACGGAUUGUACUGUGGCGGUUACUUCGUUCAGUGGGAACAAAACGGUGGCAAGUGUGGUCUAUGCGGAGACGAUUAUGCCAGCGCGCGACCGCGAAUGCACGAACUGGGAGGUCCUUUCGGGCAGGGUGACAUCGUUCGGAACUAUACCAGGGGUGCAGUGAUUGAGGUGAAGGUGACUAUCACCGCCAAUCAUCGCGGGCAUUUUGUGUUCAAUUUAUGCGAUUUGAGCAAUAAUCAAUUGGAGAGUGAAGAGUGCUACGCACAGUACCCAUUACUAGAUGCAACAGGAAGGCGAGAAUGGACGCUUGAUUCGACGUUACCGGGAACCUAUGUGGUUAGCUUGAAACUGCCCGAUAAUCUAGUCUGCGAGCAUUGUGUUCUACAGUGGACUUAUAUCGCCGGCAAUAGUUGGGGUUACUGCGCCGAUGGCAGCGGACGACUGGGCUGUGGACCGCAGGAAAACUUCAGAACCUGCUCGGAUAUCGGUAUCUACGAUUCAUCGGACCGUAGACUCAACCAAUCCUACAGUUACUGUUCAGCCAGUCCGCGGUCAUUGAAUUGGAUUUUCGACAAUAUACCCCAGGAACACGAUGAGCUAGCAGCACCUGAAGACGCUCCGGCAGCAGUGGAACCCCCAGUGAAUAACGAAAUUACGAACUGA